AUGGACCGGUUAGCCGCAGCUAGAGCACAAAGGAACCCCGACCAAGGCGAUAUCGAAUUGGGUGGAAUACAGGGAAAUGGCGGUCAAAACGGCGAUGACAUGUCCGGGUUUUACAACGAGAUCGGCGCUGUGCGGGAUGCGAUUCGCUCGCAACUCGUCCCCUCCGUUCAACGGAUCUCGGACUUACACUCCCGUUCACUGAACAGCACAGACGAGGCCGCGGUCCAGCGGGAUAAUGCGAACCUCUCCGCUCUGAUCGAUGAGACCUCCAAGCAGACCAAGGAGCUACAGCAACGUAUCAAGGCUUUGGAGAGGCAGGGCGGGCCUGAGGGUUCAGCGCUCAUCAAGAGACAGCAGGCUGCUGCGCUCAAGAGCGAGUUCAGGGAGGCGAUGGAGAAUUACCAGAGGGUGGAACAACAGUACCGCCAGAGGUAUAGGGAGAGGAUGGAGAGGCAGUUCAGGAUCGUCAAGCCUGAUGCGACGCCUGAGGAGGUCACGGCCGUGCUUGAGGAUGGCCAGGGUGGUCAAGGAGGACAGAUAUUCGCUCAGGCUUUGAGGAACACCACUCGAUAUGGAGAGUCCCGCGCGGCGUACCGUGAAGUGCAGGAACGGCAUGCGGAGGUACAGAGAAUCGAGCAGACUCUCACAGAGCUUGCACAGCUAUUUAACGACUUGAGCAUUCUUGUUGAGGAGCAGGACGAGGGCAUCAACGUGAUUAACGCCAAUGCUGCCGAUGCCAACCGCGAUACUGAGAAAGCCGUUGACCAAGUCAACAAAGCUGUGGUCUCUGCCCGCCGUGCGCGGAGGAUGCGCUGGAUCUGCUUCAUCAUCAUUGUCAUCAUCCUGAUCAUCAUCGCCAUCAUCCUGGCCAUCGAGAUUCCCAAGAACAAGAGCAGCUAG